AUGCUCAGCUCUGGUUUCAGGUCCCCGGUGGACCUGAAACUGACGCUAAACCCUAUUCUGCAGCACAUGCACCACAUUGCCAGCCUGGCCUCUAGCAGCCUGGCCUCCAGCAGCCUGGCCUCCAGCAGCCUGGCCUCCAGAAGCCGGGAGCUGCAUCAGCAGCUGGUCACUUCCUACCCCUACACACCCAUGGUCAUUGUCACCCUGCACACCUUCACCUAGCUGGCCACCUCCUCGCUCAUCGACAUCCCCAAAUGGUUACAGCUGUUUCUCCAGUACAUGAAGGAGGACCCUAGGAAUACAGUCAAGAGACUGGCCAUCCAGGACUUGAAACUCCUGGCUAAAAAGGCCACCUAUCUCUGGAACAGAGAAAACACUCAGGUGGGGUCUUGUGUCCCACACAUACCUGCAAAUUCCCGACUCCAUAAUCCAACAGCGAGUGGUGAAUUAUCUUUCAUUGGUUAUUAUGAGGAUAAUCCAUGUGAUGCUUUCACCCCUCCUCGGCUCAUUGACCUUGUUAAGCUAGCGCAGGAAUGCUGUUACCACAGCAACCUGGCCUUCUCUGCCCAUGGAGUCACUGUGCCCGCCAACAUCGCCAUUUCCUAUCCAGAGAAAGACAUGAUGCAUCUGGAGCAGGACACCGUGAUGGGGGUGGAGUCUCUGCUGGUGCUCUGCAGUCAGGGCGACCGCCCCAGAACUCAGGCCACGCUCAAGAUGGCUCUCACCUCAUUGGUCCAGCUGCUGAAGAGUCGCCCCCACCUCAGCCAAUCGACUGUGGCGUUCCUGCUGUGCCAGCUGCACUCGGCCUGCGACCCCUCAAAUGUGCUGAUAUGCCACACCCGGGCGGCCAUCGCCACCCAGCUGCCCGUGCUGGGAUAGGGCAUGCUGGGGGAUCUGGUGGACUUCUACCGGGUGGCCAUUCACUCUUUCACUGACAAGCUGCAGGUGCUCCUGCUUUCCCUGGCGACUGUGGUGUUUGUGGCUAGCCAGUCGUCCCUGUCGGCGGAGGUGAAGACGGUGAUCAAGCAGCAGCUGGAGAACAUGGCCAUCGGUUGGCAGACCUCGCGCAUUGGCCCUCUCUGUUCUCUGUCGGGUUGCCAUGAGUUCUCCAGCAAGCUGUACCAGAGUCUGCAGACGCAUGUGUCCUCGGAGCAUUUCUACUUCUGGCUCAACGGUCUAAAGGAGUUCUCCCAGGCCGUGCUGUGUCUUAGCGGCCUGGAGGACAGAGACUCCAGUGUAGCUAUGGCGGCCAUCGCCGAGGCCCUGCGCUCUUACCAGAAGGGCAUCACCUCCCUGACUUGUGACACGGUCAUAUCUCUGCUUAAUGUUGCACUGUCCUUCCAGAGGUACUUCUUCCAGAACCUCCAGUCAACCAGUAUUUUAAGGGAACUAACUAAACUUGCUCUCUCCCCAUCUCCUCGGACCCCAACCGAGCCAAUCCCGGUGCAGAACAACCAACAGCUGCCUCUGAAGGUGGAGGGCGUGGUGCAGCAUGGCUCUACCCCCGGAUUGUUCGGCAAGAUUCAGUCUGUCUGCCUCAACGUCAGCUCCGCUCUCCAGACCAAGACUGGUGGGCUGGAAUACUAGGUGACUCUGCAGCUAUCCCACCCCCUGCCCUACAUAUUUAAUUUCCAGUUCCUGCUCAUCUUUUCCAUCCUGGGCAGCCACACGGUCAACAUGGAGGCCUCAGUGGUGGACGAGAUCUGCAUGGAGUGGAAGACGCCCAAAAUCACUGUGUCGGUCAAGUCCCUGGAGGACCUUUACUCCCAGCAGCUCUGCCACCACCACCAACAGCAGCAGGCACAGUAGGCUAGGCCCAAGCCGGCCCCGACCACCCCAGAGGAGUAGUGUACAUGUCCGCUUCCAGUGAUACCCUCAUAAAACCCCUCUAACCCAUUGCCUUGUCCGAAGGUCUCGGUUUGUUUCCUUCCCUUUCCUUCUCUGAAAUGACUGGACUGAAGAAACAGAGGCAACGGUUUGGUGAGCAUUCACCUACUCAUGGUUGCUUUCACUUAUCCAUUUAUUUUAGGUUAGUGGUCACAGAAUGGAGGAAGGGAGACAA